AUGUAUCACCUAUGGAAAAGAAAUCAAAGGAACUUAUUAUUACUCUGGUUAUCGUUCCCUGAAGCAAAUUGCACGCUGCCCACUUCCGAGUCAGGAUUUCUUUUUAACUGGGCGCAUUGGGGGCUUUAUUUGGAGAACAAUACUGUAUGAGCCCGCGGUACAAACCGUAAUCUACACUCGUCCACUCGUCCUGUAGAAACUCGAAAUGGCGGAUUCAGCUAAUUUAUCAAAAUCAGCCUUGAAGAACAAGAAAAGGGCAGAGAAACGAUCAAAAGCUCGAACGGAACAGAUUAAAGAAAAUGGUGGCAUUCUAGAAGCAAUGCAAAUGAAGGAUCCGGUUGAUCUUUUGAGAGAACAACUGCAGGAAGCAAAGAACAACAAGGAUCAUAAACUUGCAGCCAGGUUACGUCAACAGUUGUGGAUAGCCCAGGACAGUGCAGCUGGUGUCAGCAUGAAGGAGUUUGAGAUGCUAGGAGCUGAUACUUCAACGUGCUUUGAAACAAAAUUUGUCCAAGAAACAAAAUCGGUCUCUGAAUCACCGCCUUCAGUCUUAGAAGCCAGCGGUCUUACCCCCACAGAGAAAAGACUACGAACUCUGAAGAAAAAACUGCAGCAAAUCGAAUCAAUAAAAGAAAAAAGAGAAAAGGGAGAGGUUUUGGAGACAACACAGCUCGACAAGAUCGCAAAAGAACAAGAAAUUCUUGACGAACUCAGAGAAAUUGAGUCGCUUUUGACAGGUAGCUAGUGAAACUCGCAUAGUUAUUCAUAGACUUUGAAUAAAAUAUUUUAUUGAUUAUAAAUUGAAUAAUUCUAUCAAAUCGUACUCUUGACUAGUGGCUAAUAUUGCGGUUGAAAUGAGAAGCUGGGAAGCUCUGUUUUUGCUACGUUUUUUCGACUUGCGUGUUAUGCAUGAACUGAGAAUUUUUUUACUGAUCAUCACUAGAGGCCUUUUUACCCAACUACUCAUCGAGAGAUUUUUU